ACAGUAUCAACCAAUCCUUUACAACACUACGAAUCCUUCACACCCCCUGUCCAUCUCCCAGCCAUGCACCAAAUGCGGGGUAACACAAACAAAGCGCCAUACAAGACCACUGGCUGGCGACAGCUGCACCUCAUCUUCACCAGUGAACCAGCUGGCCCUCUCACCUUCUCAUCUUUGCAUCUUUGGACCACUUCGACCUCAUCCCUCAGAGCCUCACUACUAGUACCUCAUUCCUGCAUAUCCAUCUCCCAGACCCCGCUUUCAUGUCCACCAUCAAUAUCGUCAGAUUUUACCUCCUGAAGCGCCUCGUUCCAUGCUACUCCCCCAGCCAAAUCCCCACCCUCCUCUCCCUCGCCUACCGCGCCGUCAGCGCGCGACAAAGAUACCCCAAAGCCGUGCUCAUUAGAUCCUACAUCCACCGCGACUGGUACUGGAAACGACACCGGAAGAAAAGAAUCGUCGAUGGCACCUACCACCUGACCAUCUGCUACAAGGACGAGACGCAUCUCGCCAAGGGCUCGCACGUCGUCGCGCAUGUCUACGUGCAAGACCAACACGAUCUGACUUUUGUGCGGGCGUGUCAUUCCCCGGAGAAAUUGGAUUCGGUGCUCACCCCGCGGGGGAAUCCUGUGUGGGCGCCGGAGGAGCGGGGGUUGUAUGAUGUGCAUGAGGUGGUUUAUGGACAUCUGGGGGAGGAGCGAGAAAAGGAGGGGGAGGGGGGAGAUGCAAAGGAUGGGGAGGAUGGGAAAGUAAAUGGGUGGGUGUAUUACGGUCGGAAGGUCUUGAAGGGGGGUGGAUCUCGUUGA